GAAACCAAAAUAGCCUUUAUUGUAAUUUAAAGAGACUAAAGAAAGAGUAGGAAGGAAGGAUGGCGUUCAACUUGAUCGUGGGACUGAGAUCUUUAUGUAGAAUCAGAAUGUCCAACCAAACAACCUUCUCUUCAAACCCAAACCCAAACCCAAACCCAAACCCAGGUUCUCAGUCUUUGAAUGGCGUCUCGCUCCCAGAACUUCGUGUGUUCUCCAGGAAAAAUAAGAAAUUCAAAGAGACCCUACUCGAAACAGCUGAUGAUCACAAACUUUCUGUCCUACCCGACAUUGAAGAGUUUGCAUACAAGAAAACGAAGGGAUCUGUCUCUCAGAGGAAGUCAGAAGGUGCAUCUGAUGUGAUUGUGAUGGAAGCUAAAGUAUCGAGGGUUAGGGCAAGAGGUGAAGCACCUGAUAGCUGGCAGCAGGUCCUCGAGGGAAUUCGCAAUAUGAGGUCCUCUGAAGAUGCGCCGGUAGACACUAUGGGAUGUGAAAAAGCAGGAAGUCUUCUUCCUCCUAAGGAACGAAGAUUUGCUGUCUUGGUAUCAUCACUUUUAUCAAGCCAAACCAAGGAUCAUGUCAAUCAUGGAGCAAUUCAGCGUCUCUUACAAAAUGGUCUGCUUGCUGCUGAUGCCAUUGACAAAGCUGAUGAAGCAACCGUAAAAAGCUUGAUUUAUCCUGUUGGAUUUUAUUCAAGGAAAGCAAAUAACUUGAAGAAAGUUGCAAAUAUAUGUCUCAUGAAGUAUGACGGUGAUAUUCCUAGCUCAUUGGAGGAGCUACUUUUGCUUCCAGGGAUUGGACCUAAGAUGGCACAUUUGGUUAUGAAUGUUGGCUGGAACAAUGUUCAGGGCAUAUGUGUCGAUACUCACGUGCACCGCAUAUGCAAUCGACUUGGAUGGGUGUCACGACCAGGCACAAAACAGAAAACUUCAACUCCUGAGGAAACAAGAGAGGCAUUACAGAUGUGGCUCCCAAAGGAAGAAUGGGUUCCAAUAAACCCUCUUCUGGUUUGUGUAGCUAUCAUCUCCAUACUCAGAAACGUUGGUUUUGGUCAGACAGUUUGUACUCCGCUAAGACCCCGCUGCGGAGUGUGCACUAUUAGUGAAUUCUGCCCAUCUGCGUUCAAGGAGACACCAAGUCCUUCCAAAUCCUCCAAGUUGAAGAAUUCUGCUUCAAGAAAGAAGCUCUAACAAAGUGGACUUUCCCUUUGUGAUUUUUGCCUUGUGUACAUGUUUCUAUCAAGAAAAAUUGCAGGCAUUUAUGAUUUACCAUGCCUAGUAUAGGAAUGUCUCAUAUGGGAAAACUGUGAUUUCCCUUGCUCUCUUGCCCCUCAUUGCAAUAUUAGGAGGCUGCACACGUGGGGUACUGUUCAUAAAUGAACUUCCAAUUAUGGAUAUAUGCAUAGUAUCACAAGACUCGUCUUUUUUCUUUUUAGAAUGCAGGUAAUGUAAGUUUACCCCUACAUGGUUUGUAUUAAUUUAAAAAAAGUAUAAUACUUGAUAAUAUAUAAUUUUUCUAAACUAAAUAUGUCAAUUUACGACUUUAUUACCA